AUGCCUCCUGGCAAAACCACACAUCCGGCUGUUACACAUGCCAUUGCAUUUGAGAAAAACACCAUAGAGGCUUGGCGCAAACGCUGGUUUGUCCUCAGGCGGGGCCGCAUGAGUGGCAAUCCUGAUGUCUUAGAAUACUACCGCAACAAGCACUCCAACAAGCCCAUCCGUGUGAUAGACCUCAGCGAAUGCACUGUGUGGAAACAUGCAGGCCCUGGUUUCAUUAGGAAGGAAUUUCAGAACAAUUUUGUGUUUAUUGUCAAGACCACUUCCCGUACAUUCUACCUAGUAGCCAAAACUGAGGAAGAAAUGCAGGUGUGGGUACACAGCAUCAGUCAAGUUUGCAAUUUCAGUCAUAUGGAAGAUGGUGCAGCAGAUUCCAUGGAGAGUCCCUCUCACAUGCCCUCCUCCUUCCAGCCAUCUCCUGCCAGUUCACUUCAUACUGUCCAUGUUGCCAACUCUGCCUUACUAAAAGAUGACCAAAACACUAAUAGUGUAGUCACCGAGGAAACCAGACGUGAGUCAGAGUUUCUAUUCCUUCCUGAUUAUCUGAUCCUGUCCAACUGUGAGACUGGAAGACUACACCAUGCCAGUCUUCCCACCAGAUGUGAUAGCUGGUCAAAUUCAAACCGCUCAUUGGCACAGACUUCAUUUGAUGACGUUUUUCUUGAUGGUCUACAGCCAUUUAUCUCUAAUAAUUUGAUCCAUCCCUUGCACCGUGGGAAAGUAUCUCAGGAUUUUCCUCCCAUAAGGCCCCAGGCUUCUUUAAUUUGGAAUAGAGAAAUCAAUGGCCCUUCCAGGAACCUCAUGUCUUCUUUACCAUUGUUGGAAUCGUCGUUAAACCCCACAGUUCAUGUAGAAGAAAAGCAAGUUUCCUUACCCAGUGGGGUAAAAGAACUAAGCAUUAUGUCUAACACUCCACCUCCUCGUCCUCCUAAGCCAAGUUAUCUCUCUGAACGACGCCAAGAUCAGCCCUUGUUGACUGGGCACAGCAGUAACAAGAAGCCAGGGUAUACUAUGGUACCAAGAAGAACCUCUCUCUCUGGGUUAGACCAUGUGGGAUCCUGGAAAG